CUUUCUUCCUCUUUCUAUCUCGCCACUGACACAAAAAGUCUAUUAUUAGUUCUUCUUUCUUCUUAUAUCAUGGUAUCCUCCUCCUCCUCCUUUUGCCUCUCCGAUUUCGAGAACUCCCUCCCUCGUUUUUCAACUAUUCCUCUCUCCCUCCCUGCUUUCUACCUGAUCCGACGGUCAUCAUCGCCUUCUUCUCCAAUCUCACGUCUGGGGUCGGGGAUUCCUCACCAGCUUUUCUACUAAGUGAGUUGCAUCUGUACGUUGAACAUAUAUGGAGCUUAAUGGGCAUAGGAGAUCAGUAAGGAGAAAGGAUCAUCAUACACAGGAAAAUGGCGGUGUCAGUCCAAUGAGUGUUGGUGAAGAACUUGAUCCAUGGACUGCAUGGGCAUACAAACCUCGCACUGUGUCCUUGCUACUUAUUGGUGCCUGUUUUCUUAUUUGGGCAAGCGGAGCCCUUGAUCCUGAAGGUGGUGCACUUGGUGAUCUUGUUACGUCUGUGAAAAGGGGUGUAUGGGCUAUGAUUGCAGUUUUUCUUGCUUACUGCUUGCUACAAGCUCCUUCUACGGUCCUAAUAAGGCCACAUCCUGCACUUUGGCGCCUAGUACAUGGAAUGGCUGUUGUGUACCUUGUCGCCCUCACAUUUUUGCUUUUUCAGAAGCGUGAUGAUUCUCGGCAAUUUAUGAAGUUUCUCCAUCCUGAUCUCGGUGUUGAACUUCCAGAAAGAUCAUAUGGUGCUGACUGCCGCAUAUAUGUACCCGAGAAUCCCACAAGCAGGUUUAAAAAUGUUUAUGAAACACUUUUCGAUGAAUUUGUGCUAGCUCAUAUUAUUGGAUGGUGGGGUAAAGCUAUAUUGAUUCGUAAUCAGCCCCUUCUGUGGGUGUUAUCAAUAGGAUUUGAGAUGAUGGAGUUUACAUUCCGCCACAUGUUGCCAAAUUUCAACGAGUGCUGGUGGGACAGUAUAAUUCUUGACGUUUUGAUCUGCAAUUGGUUUGGCAUCUGGGCAGGGAUGCAUACCGUCAGGUACUUCGAUGGAAAAACAUACAACUGGGUUGGCCUAAGCCGUCAGCCUAAUAUAAUUGAAAAAUUCAAGCGAACAUUAGGACAGUUUACCCCAGCACAGUGGGACAAAGAUGAGUGGCACCCUCUGCUUGGUCCAUGGCGGUUCAUUCAAGUUCUCACUCUUUGCGUUGUGUUUUUGACUGUGGAGUUGAACACAUUCUUUUUGAAGUUUUGUCUUUGGAUUCCUCCGCGGAACCCGGUGAUCGUGUAUAGGUUGAUCUUGUGGUGGGUAAUUGCAAUACCAACGAUUCGUGAAUACAAUUCGUAUCUUCAAGACCGAAAACCGGUGAAAAAAGUUGGAGCUUUUUGUUGGCUCUCACUUGCUAUCUGCAUUGUUGAGCUUCUCAUUUGCAUCAAGUUUGGUCAUGGAUUAUAUCCUAAUCCAAUGCCUUCAUGGUUGGCCAUUUUCUGGAUGUCUGUUGGAGGGGCCCUCCUCAUGUUCCUCCUUGUUUGGUCUUGGCAACUGCAUCAGAGUUUAGGUAGGAAGAGGCGAUGAUAUUGCUAUUGAGAUACAUUAUUCUUUGACUGCUUCCUUUCUUUGAGGAUAUGCAUCCAUUGCUGUAAAUAUCCAACACCUUCACAACUGUAAAUGCCAUUCUCUUAGGUUAGUAGAUCACUUGUUUGAGAAGAGAGAGAUUUUUCUUACAUUAUAGGUACUGGGAAAUGCUUCUAAUCCAAGGCUCCUGAGUUACUUGUGUGCUGCUGUAACAAACACUUCUUUUUUUUUUUGGUUGUUGAGCCUUCAUGGACAUCCCAAGUUUUCGUGUUGUAGUUCAGUUUUUUUGUGUCAUUUGCAAUUGAAUAAUUUUUUUUGUGACAUCUGCAAAUGGAUUAAU